AUGGAUGACUCUCGUAUGUUAAACGCUGGAAGUUUUUCUCCCCCAGAGAUUGAGCUGAGGGUGAGGUCGACCGUCGGUCCUAAUACACUCGUUGAUAUUUUGGAACUGCACUCGGAUGGAGAUUGGACUGUGAAAGAGAAGUUGGGGUCAAGAAGGUUCGCGGAAUACUGCCAGGGGAUUCGAAAACUCGAAGGCAAAGUGCCGACGGUACGGUUAAUACUCCGUUUGGGAGCUCUCCCGGCAGAGCUAGACGGUCCUCUUCUGGAUCAUUGGGUGAGCACGAAUGUACCUUCCACUUCAGCUGUAACUGAUAAUCACUAUGGUGAAGACGGCUUCUUUCAAAUUUCGGACAGACUGAACACUUCAGACUGGAAGUUGUGCCAGGUCUGGUUCUCCCAAAAUUUGAAUCUGAAUGCCACCUCCAACUACGUCAUGCAUGGCGUUCCUUUGGCAACUCAAAGAUACAUCAUGGAUUGGGCGAAGGCCCCCAUUCGAUGUAAAGAGCUACUUCUUCCACUUGCUAUACCUGGCGUCGUAGUGAGCCAGUUUGUGGUAUCUUUGUUCACCGAGUAUGUGGCUAUUGAUAAUGAAACCCACCGAUACGAAACCCGCUCUUUCUCAAGCAAUUGGAAGACAAACGAGGAGCUCGAUGUCAAAAGGCUUCUCUCACAAUCCAAAACUAUCAAGAUGAUAUUGGCCUACGCUGAAAGAUGUCGGAGGACUUGCGAAUAUCUGAACGCGUCUUUGGAGAAAAACGCGGACUUGUUCACGCCUGCGGAAGCUGGAUACUGGGGCCUCGAGAAGGCGAAAGAAUCUCUAGCUGGGGCUUGCUCGCGGAUUGACGACCUUACUUCUGCUGCGACUACUCUGGAUGAGCGCAUUAAGUAUCUGAUUCAACUUGCGUACAAUGAAAUUUCUCAGGCAAACAACCAAGUAAAUUUGGAUAUCGCAAAGCUCACUGCGAGCAUUGCGAUUGCGGCUCAGCACGAUAAUUCUUCCAUGAUUACGAUGGCGGCCGUUACUAUGUUCUUCCUACCCGGUACUUUUGUUGCGACCCUAUUUGGAAUGAACUUCUUCGACAAAACCAAUCAGGGAUCUCUUAUGCUGGCCUCGGAGGGAUGGGUAUUCCUGAUCACUACCAUUCCUUUAACCAUGAUCGUCUUCCUUAUCUGGUAUUUCUGGAAAAGGUGGCGUACUACGAAAGCAAUGAAAGGGCUAGCGAUGUCAAGCAUCACUGGCCCCGAAGUCGAGGUGCUUACGAAUCCGAGUCCAACACCCAUUGUGCUGCCCCAUUCCAAACUUUGGCCGCUUGUCUUCUAUAAAAUUAAAACAUUCCUUAGAUCAUUGGGUAUGCUGCCCCCGAUUGUAGAAACUGAUGUGGAAAAGGGAAGUUUUUGGCACCCUAGUUGA